UAUAUAUACUCAACAGAGAGUCCACACACACACUGCCAGACAAUCACAAUUCUUGUAAAACUCGUCCAAAUUAAUCUCUUCUCAAUUCCAACUCUUUAUAAAGAAUCAAAUUAAUCACAAUAAUCCAUCAAAUUUCACAAAAAUGGAUCCAAACCCUAAAAAAUUCCCAAUCCUCUCAUACGUCCUCUCCAAACUCCCUUCUUCCAAUCGCUCACAGUCACCGGAUUCCGAUUUCGACAUCGAACAACCACCGCUUCCGCCGUCGUCAACGGCGGAGCAACCGUACUUUGAGCUCACUGAACGUAUGCCGUACUUAAACGAUCCAGAUCUAAUCGCGGCAAUGCAUUCAACAGUGAAAGACGUAUCCGCAACUCGAUCUGUUCUCAAAACCCUAGGCGAACCACCGGAUCAUGAGCUAGUCGAUAUCGCUAGAGCGAAACUUCAAAAUAUUAAUCUGAAUGACGAUGAUGAUAAGGUGGAUAGUGAAACGGUGUCGUUUAAGGCGGUUAUUAAGUUGUAUGAAAUGCAUGAGGCGUAUGAGAAGAUGUUGAGUGAGGCUGAGAAGAGACUAGAGAAGCUUUACGAGGCCGCGAAAAUAGGCGGAAAAGCGGUUGUGGAGGAUUGUGAGGUGGAAGGAAGUUGUAGUGAGGUUGUUGAUGAUGAAUUGGUUAGGAUUAUGAAUGAUGCUAUUGUGAAUAAUGUUGACAAGGUCGAUUUAUCGGAACGGAAAUUGCCGUUUCUUCCGGAGGCGUUUGGGAAGUGUAGGAUGUUAGUUUCGCUUAAUUUGUCUUCGAAUCAGCUCGAGGUAAUACCCGAUUCAAUUGCUGGACUCGAGAACCUUGAAGAGCUUUAUGCUUCUAAUAAUCUUUUGGAAUCAUUACCGGAUUCCAUUGGCUUAUUGUUAAAGCUGAAGAUUUUAAACGUCUCUAGCAACAAACUCACGUCCUUACCUGACAGCAUUUGUCAUUGCAGGUCGUUGGUAGAGCUUGAUGCAGGAUUUAAUAAGCUAACAUAUAUACCCACCAAUAUCGGGUAUGAACUUGUGAACUUGAAGAAACUUUUAGUUCCAUUGAACAAGUUGCGCUCGCUUCCUACCUCUAUUGGGGAAAUGGAAUCUCUUCAGAUUCUGGACGCCCACUUCAAUGAACUCAGGGUCCUGCCACCAUCCAUUGGUAGGCUUUCAAAGCUUGAGAUCCUUAAUCUGAGCGGCAACUUCAGUGAUCUUACGUCACUUCCCCACACGAUUGGCGAUCUGACCAACCUUGAAGAACUUGACAUCAGCAACAAUCAGAUCCAUGAACUUCCCGUCACCUUUGGCCGCCUUGAGAAACUUAUGAAACUCAAUGUGGAAGAGAACCCUUUGGAGAUACCACCUAAAGAAGUGGUCAAAGCCGGGGUUGAAGCUGUGAAGGAGUUCAUGGCUUUGAGGUUGCUCGAUUAUCUAGUGAAAGAAGAGGAAAAAAGCAAUUCUGUCGAGAAUGUAGAGACACAGACAGGUUGGUUGACCCGUAGCACCUCAUGGCUAACCAAUGCUGUUGCUGGUGCCGUUGGUGGAUUUGUAGGUGGUGAUGAGACCACAAAAAAGACAGAAUCAUACCUCAAUGAGCAAUUUUGAAUCAGGUUUUCUUUAACCUUAUAGAAUGGCAAAAACUCAUUUCUUUCGUUUAUUGACAUACACACAAUGUAGAUUAUAGACGGGGUAUUUGGCAUUGGAUAUUGUCGAUGCUGUAUUGUAUACAUUUUUGCUCUUGUGGUUCGUUCUCUUUCAAUAAUUAGUUUGGAGUGACAAACUGGAAAGCCAAUUUGGGGCUGGACCUGUCUAUUUUGAAACUGGUUUCAGCUUUAUCUUCUAUUCUGGGCUUCCUAUAGAAAGCUGAUUUUUUGGUUCA